CGUCCAUGAAUGUUGGCACCCUCCUUGCCCCUCUCACCGCUGACCAAGAGGUCCCGAAGGAAUACUGUGUCACCAUCUUUGGGCGGGCGAAUUGUAAACAUGGAUCGCCGCCACGAUGAUGCCGACGACGCUAGUGCCGUCGACGACGAUGGCCUCGACGACGGCGUCCCGCUCCACCGCAAAAAGCCAUUCGGGAGCGGCAUCUCGAUGCGCCCCAUCAAGUUCGUACCUGCAUCCACCCCCACUUCGUCGGCCGAUGGCGCUGCUGCUGCCUCGCAGGAGGUGGGCUCUGGCCAAUCCGCCGCCGAGCUGUACCUGAGCAUUGUGAUGAAGUCAUCAAAGCCAGGGGUAGCAGCAGGAGGGCGGCCACCAACAACUGGAGCCGGAGCUGCUGCUGCGCGUGAAGGAGCAGCAGCAGCUGGCGACAACCCGCCGUCGUCGGUCGCUGUUGAAAUGUGCGACGUGUGCAAGCUGCCCAUCGCCAGCACCGACGACGACGACGAUGAGGAGGCCGCUCCCGCCACCACCCUCCGCCAGAGGCACGAGGCCUCCCUGGCCCACCAGGUGAGCCUCGCGCACUCUCACCCGCCCUCGGCCCUGGACCGGUCCCGCAUGGGGCUGGCCGUGCUGCAGUCGUACGGCUGGGACCCGGACUCGCGGAAGGGGCUGGGGGCCGAGUCCCAGGGCAUCGCGGUCCCGCUCAAGCCCAGGCCCCGCGAGGACAGGCUGGGGAUCGGCGCCGACGGCGCGGCGGCAGUAAAAAAGGCCGGAGGGUCGGCCGCGCCCAAGAGGAAACCCGACCUUCUCGACGCCGGCAAGGUGCGAAAGAAGGCCGAGGAGGACAGGAAGAAGGCGGAGCGGCUGCGUCAGCAAAUGUUCGGCAACGUCGACUUGGAGAAGUACCUCGGGCCCGCCGUCUAAUGUCGAGGCUCUCAUGCAGGAUAAAUACGGUAAUAUGGUAUGCUUAGAUAGAGUUCAUCACAGCCCCAUGAAAUACGAAAACACGCACAAUUUCUAACCAUCCAAAUUCUAAUCUUAUCUCAUCAUCUC